AUGUAUUCUCCAGCAACCAGGACUGGUAUAGGAUUCGUUCGGCUAUGGAGGCACGUUGAUGCCAAGGAUCAAGUCUUGGGUCGUCUGGCCUCAUUGAUAGCCCACAAUUUGAUGGGCAAACACAAGCCGAUUUUCGACCCUCGAAUCGAUGUUGGUGACUAUGUUGUAGUGACCAAUGCGAGACAUGUUCAAGUGACUGGGAAAAAAGAGGACCAGAAAGUCUACUACUCUCACAGUCAAUAUCCGGGUGCCUUGAAAGCGACCCCUUACAAACAACUGAUGGACCAAAACCCCACAAUGAUUCUGAGGAAGGCACUUGCCUUCGAUGCAAAGUCGAUGGAAUGGACUUGGAACAAAUGA